UGUCCAAAUCCAUAUCCAGAGGCCACGCGGGGAAAUGGUGCAGAGGGUCGUCAGGCAUGGCGGCUCUGCCGCGAGCGAGCAAGCAGCCACGGAGACGGCGAGGAAGGACAAGGGGAGGCGCGACGCGAUCAUGGCGAUCAAGGCGCAGGUGCUGCGGUGCAGCGAGCAGCAGGGCCGCCGCCGCUUCAAGCGCGGCUACCUCUGCUCCGGCGGCGACGGCCGGGGCGACGCCGCGGACUCGGCCAUCUUCUACCUCGCCUGCCUCGCCGUCUGCACCACCGCGACGGGAUCAAAGCAGACGUACAUGUGCGCGGCUGUAUCUCGUAUAUAAGCUUUAUCUGCUGGGUCGGCGAACAGAUCAAUCCACUGCGGUUUCAGCGCGUAGCUUGCACGCUUUCAGCCAUGGCGGCCACGGUGAUGGGAACGGGGAUGGGCAUGCCCUGCAGCCGCUGCCGCCCCGUCUGCUUCGGUGGUAUGGGCCACGGCCAGGCCAUCUUCACGGCCGAGUGCUCCCACACCUUCCACCUCCGCUGCGCCCCGGGUAGCGCCGUCUGCCCCGUCUGCGGCGCGCGCUGGAGCGACACGCCCGCCGCCGCCGGCGGCGGCGGCUCAUCGUACGACGACGACGAGCCGGUGGAGCCGCCGCCCGCGCACGCCGAGAUCAGUGGCGGCGGCAACCGCAACGCCGCGACGGGCGGAGGGCUGCUGGUGCUCAAGACGUACUGCGAGUACCCGGCGCUCUCCAUGGCGGCGGGGCGCGACGGGUUCGCGGUGCUGGUGCACGCCAAAGCGCCCGCGGCGGUGGCCGCCGCCGCCGAGGCCGCGUCGGCGAGAGCGCCGCUGGACCUCGUCACGGUGCUCGACGUCAGCACCAGCAUGUCGGGCGAGAAGCUGGCGCUGGUGAAACGCGCCAUGGGGUUCGUCAUCGACAACCUCGGCGCCGGCGACCGCCUCAGCGUCGUCGCCUUCGACUCCGACGCGCGCCGUGGAGACCCUCGUCGCGGACGGAUGCACCAACAUCCGCGGCGGCCUCGACGAGGCCGCCAAGGUGCUCGACGGCCGCCGGCGGCGACCGGUGCGAGCCGAUGCACGCGUUCGGGUUCGGCACCGACCACGACGCGGCGGCCAUGCACGGCAUCUCGGAGGUCACGGGUGGCACAUUCUCCUUCAUCGAGAACCACGCGGCGACCCAGGACGCGUUCGCGCAGUGCGUCGGCGGGCUCCUACCACUAAGGCGCUAAGCAAAUGCUAAUUCCUUUAGCGCUUGUGCCUGGUAUUCUGUAAUGACCAAUGGCAUAUCCGCAUACGAGAGGUUGAUCAGAAGGACAGCAGCUAGCAGCAAUAAUCUGGUGAAAAGCUAAUGUUUCUUUAGGCCGGGUAAUUUAUUGUUUCAAGCUUUUAGAGAUUUAUAAAUCAGAAAUCCAAACUAUUUGCAUGCAUAAAUUCUUAGGUUUCCUUAGACUCAUCGGUGGUUUAAGUUGUUCUGGAGCUUUCAUUACAGCUGAAGUCUGAAAUUUUGUUUGAAAGAGAUCUGAGGCCUGCGCAUUUCAAUAUGUACUUAAUGGCUUUGCUAAUGUAUCAGGGCCAUGGCGCACCAAA